UUCAUAUUAUUGUUGAUUGGGUCUGGAUAUCUCUACAAAGUAAUCUACCAAAACAGCAAUGCUCCCGACUUUUCAUUUAUCUUUUCAAAAGACACAGGUCAAGAUUCCUUAAAUCGAAAUCUAUCGGUGACUCGAGAUGACAUUGAACACAACUCCAAGAAUACAAUGGAACAAAUACAACCCAAGAGAAAGGGACUAGAGGACAUCCUAAACCAUGGAGAUGGCAUCAUAUUUCUGGAGACUUCUGACACAAUACAACCACAACCAUUGGUUCUGUGUGCUGUUGAGUCAGCAGCUCGUGUAUACCAAGAUAGGCCGGUAGUCUUCUUCUUAAAAGGAUUAACAGAACUAGAUUUAGAAGAUUAUGAGAAGAAUACAUUAAGAUAUUUCCCAACCCUAUCAUCUCAGGAUAACAUCUAUAUUUUCCCUUUAAUUACGGAUGACAUUUUCAACAGCACACCAUUACUUCCAUGGUAUAAAAAGAUUAAUCCCAAGAAAGAAAUGUACUGGAUCCACAUCUUGGCAGACAGCAUUAGGUUGGCACUUAUCUGGAAAUAUGGUGGCAUUUAUAUGGAUACAGACAUCAUCUCUAUUCGGCCUGUUCCAUAUCAGAACUUUCUGGCUGCAGAGUAUCCCAGGACUUCAAGCAAUGGCGCCUUUGGAUUUUCAGCCCGACAUAAUUUUACAUGGAAGUGCAUGGAAUAUUUUGUUGAGGAUUAUAAUGGUGAAAUAUGGGGACAUCAAGGGCCAUUUCUCUUUACCCGUGUCAUAAGAGAAAUAUGUGAUUUACCAGAUUUUAAAGACGUUGAAGAUAUCAGCUGUGGAAACAUUUCUUUCUUGAACAUACAACGAUUUUACCCUAUUGCGUAUGGACAUUGGCAACACUUUUACCAGGUUUGGGAGACAUUGCCAACUUUCAAUGACUCUUAUGCCAUCCAUUUAUGGAACUAUAUGAACCAGUAUGAGCAGAGAACUAUGGUUCCUGGUAGUAAUACAUUGGUGGAGCAUCUUUACAAAAAGCAUUGUCCAUCAACAUAUGGAGCUCUCCAAAGAAAUGAGAGCCUAUAUGUGUAG